UUAGACUCAGCUCAGAAGUUGGUUAAACAAGAUGCACACAUAGAUCUCCUACCAAUCCAGUUAGCAAUGACUUCUAGUUUUCACCCAUGGUCUCUCCUCCUUGUCCUCCUCCUCUCCAUCGUACUUAGCCUGGGAGCACCAGCAACGGUGUUCGAUGAGAACUUCGUGCCGGUAUGGGGUGCCGAUGGUUAUCACCUAGCCAAUCAGGGCACACAAGUUUCCCUCAUCAUGGAUAGAAACUCUGGAGCUGGAUUUAGAUCCAAGAUGAUGUAUGGUUCAGGGUUAUUCCACAUGAGGAUCAAGUUACCCGCCGGGUAUACUGCCGGAGUUGUAACGGCCUUCUAUCUCACGACAGAACCCGAGUACGGCGACCAUGACGAGGUGGAUUUCGAGUUCUUGGGCAACGUCGAUGGCAAGCCAGUGGCUCUCCAGACCAACAUCUUCCUCAAUGGCCAGGGCUACAGAGAGCAGAAGUUCUACCUCUGGUUCGACCCAGCAGCAGCUGUCCAUGACUACAAGAUACUCUGGAACCAGCACCAGUUAGUGAUGCUUGUCGACGAAACACCCAUCCGGGUGCUCAAGAACCUAGCUGGACGCGCGCCGGGCUACCAGUUCCCGACGAGGCCGAUGAGAAUCCGGGCGAGCAUCUGGGACGGCUCUUCUUGGGCGACCGACAACGGCAAAAUCAAAGUCGACUGGAACCGUGCGCCAUUUACCUCCGCGUUCCAGAGGUUCAAUGUCGAUGCCUGCCCCGCCACCGGAAGUGCGCCGUGUGGCUCACCCAACCUAUGGUGGAACAAGUUUCAGGACCUAACGCCCGCACAGAAGGCAGCGUACAAAAACGUCAAGAGCAAGUACAUGACCUACAACUACUGUGAUGAUAAGGCAAGGUUCAACUACCAUCUGCCGCUAGAGUGCAGUUACAACUAACUAGUAGCUUUCUGUGUGGCCGUAGAAAAAAUUAUCUAAUAUCUAGAUACUCAUAUGUGAAGAGUCUACUUCAACCGAUCCUAGCAAUAUACAACGGUUGAAGUAGAUUCGUCUAAACCUCUUCCCAAACUGUACAAAGUUCUAGAUAUUAGAUAGAAUGAAUCUAUCAACUCUAUUAUAUUACCAAAUAAAAUCAAUUUUAUA